UGAUAAUAACAUUGAUGAUUUUUAACCGGAUUAAAAUCGAGUUUUUCUGAAUGUUCGUAAGAAUUUCUCCGACCUCCUGAUUGACUUUGGAGUUUUGCAUCUUGGGAGAGAAAGCGAAGGCAUUAGCAUUUUUAAGUGGAUUGAUCACAUAAACCUUUUCUCUCCCAACCCCACCCUUGCCCUUACCCCUUCCCUGCACUGGAAAGAAUUUUACUGGCUGUUAAGUCUGUGACUUUAUUUUUCCUGAUCUUUAACUUAACUGUUUUAGAGCAUCUCUGGACGUCUGUAUUUUUUAUUUUUUUUUAUUUUUUGUUUUUUUAUUUUUAAUAUUUCAUUUGUUAAAUUUUUAAACUGUGCUGCAAUAAAAUGUGUGUGGUACUACUUAACACCUAUGAUGGUGGUGGCAUUUUCCCAGAAAGCCAUCUUCCUCCUGUUUCCCUUGAAAUCCCAUCCUGCUUUUCCUGUACACUGCCCCUCACAAACCACAAGCUGCAGCAACAUGGAUACCCAGCCUGGAGCAGCAGCAGCCAGGAUGACCUGGAGCCAGGGGGGCCUUCGGAACAGAUGCACACCCUUCCUGGGUGAUGCUUUGUGUGAAGAACCUUAUCAUCAAACACAAUGGCUAGUAAUGUUACCAACAAGACAGAUCCUCGCUCCAUGAACUCCCGCGUAUUCAUUGGGAAUCUCAACACUCUAGUGGUCAAGAAGUCUGAUGUGGAGGCAAUCUUCUCGAAGUAUGGCAAAAUUGUGGGUUGCUCUGUUCAUAAGGGCUUUGCCUUCGUUCAGUAUGUUAAUGAGAGAAAUGCCCGGGCAGCUGUAGCAGGAGAGGAUGGCAGAAUGAUUGCUGGCCAGGUUUUAGAUAUUAAUCUGGCUGCAGAGCCAAAAGUGAACCGAGGAAAAGCAGGUGUGAAACGAUCUGCAGCGGAGAUGUACGGGUCAGUACCAGAACACCCUUCUCCGUCCCCUCUACUCAGCUCCUCUUUUGACUUGGACUAUGACUUUCAGCGGGAUUAUUAUGACAGGAUGUACAGUUAUCCAGCACGUGUUCCUCCUCCUCCUCCUAUUGCUCGGGCUGUAGUCCCUUCGAAACGACAGCGUGUAUCAGGAAAUACCUCACGAAGGGGAAAAAGUGGCUUCAAUUCUAAGAGUGGACAGCGUGGAUCUUCUUCCAAAUCUGGAAAGUUGAAAGGAGAUGACCUUCAGGCCAUUAAGAAGGAAUUGACCCAGAUAAAGCAAAAAGUGGAUUCUCUACUGGAAAGCCUGGAAAAAAUUGAAAAGGAACAGAGCAAACAAGGAGUAGAGAUGAAGAAUGAUAAGUCAGAAGAGGAGCAGAGCAGCAGCUCCCUGAAGAAAGAUGAGACUAAUGUGAAGAUGGAGUCUGAGGGGGGUGCAGAUGACUCUGCUGAGGAGGGGGACCUACUGGAUGAUGAUGAUAAUGAAGAUCGGGGGGAUGACCAGCUGGAGUUGAUCAAGGAUGAUGAAAAAGAGGCUGAGGAAGGAGAGGAUGACAGAGACAGCGCCAAUGGCGAGGAUGACUCUUAAGCACAUAGUGGGGUUUAGAAAUCUUAUCCCAUUAUUCUUUAUCUAGGCGCUUGUCUAAGAUCAAAUUUUUCACCAGAUCCUCUCCCCUAGUAUCUUCAGCACAUGCUCACUGUUCUCCCCAUCCUUGUCCUUCCCAUGUUCAUUAGUUCAUAUUGCCCUGCGCCUAGUACCAUUUUCACUUUCUUUGAUGCUCCUAGUAGUUUUGUUAAGUCUUGCCCUGUAAUUUUUGCUUUUAAUUUUGAUACCUCUUUAUGACUUAACAAUAAAAAGGAUGUAUGGUUUUUAUCAACUGUCUCCAAAAUAAUCUCUUGUUAUGCAGGGAGCACAGUUCUUUCCAUUCAUUCAAGAGUUCAGUAGUUGCUUCCCUAACUGCAAAAGCAAUCUCAUUUAGUUGAGUAGCACCUGAGAGCAGCUUUGAGUUAGAAAUAUGUGUGUUAUACCCCACAUAGGAGUGCUGUGUGGGGCUGUUCAAAACAAAUGUAACAAUGUAUUUUUGUGAAUGAGAAUUGGCAUGUCAAAUGCAUCCUCUAGAAAAAUAAUUAGUGUAAUAGUCUUAAGAUUUGUUUUCUAAAGUUGAUACUGUGGGUUAUUUUUGUGAACAGCCUGAUGUUUGGGACCUUUUUUCCUCAAAAUAAACAAGUCCUUAUUAAACCAGGAAUUUGGAGAAAAAAA